AUGUUAUUAAGUUUAUUUUUAUUGAAUAAAUUAUUAUUAUUAUUGUUAUUGUCACCAUUAUUAUUAUUAUCAUGUAGGCAAUUUCAAAGGAAAGGUUACAUGUCGCCCCAUAUAAUAAUCUUUGAAAAAAUAUCUAGAGCAUUAUGCGAAUAUGACAAAUAUACACCUAAUUAUGAUAAUGAUCCUGAGAUGAAAGAAGUAAUAGAAAAAUAUAAUGAACGAUUAGAAAUACGAUGGAAAAAAUAUGAUGAAUUAAAGAAAGAAUAUAAAGAACAAUACGAUAAUAUUAUAAAAGAAAUCAUUUUAAAAGACAAAAUACAAAAACAACUAACAAAACAAUUAUCAUCAUUAGAAAAAUUCACUGAUAUAGACGAUUUAUCUAAUGGUAUAAAUGAAAAAAAGGUAGCAACUAAAGUAAAAAAGGGUAAAAAAUCCAAGAAAACAUUAGAUCAUACCUUAUCCGAAUAGAACAUUUUACCUAAUAUUGAUAUGAAUGAAUGGAUACCUUUUUCAUCUAAGGAAGCAAAAAUUGAUUGUAAUAUAAAAAAUAUGAAACAUGCUCUUACUAAAGUUGGUUAUAUAGGUACUAAUAAAAUUACAUCUAUUGAUAAUAAGGAUGUGAAUGUUUCCUUUGAUAUGGCUCAAAUAUUUAAUUCUAUUAUGAGUUCUUCUAAUGCGUUCAUUCAAAGAUAUAUAGGGGAUGAUAUUACAUCCAAUGGUAGUAAUUUUAAAAAUCGUAGUAUUUCAUCAAUUUUUAUUUACGCUUUAUGGGAAUUUUUUGAGCAUAUCGUAGCCCCUGUCUCCGCUGCUCUUUUUUUCGGAGGUUAUUAUUCAUUUAUUGCUAUAUAUACUAUAGCAUCUAUUUUAUUAAUUCUUUAUUACAUUUUAAAAUAUUAUAGAAAUUUAAGAGUGCAGAAAAAAAUGAAAUAUAUAAUAUUAUUAAAAGAAUAUAUAUGUAGUGAU